AUAUGGAUUCGAUUGUCAUUCCAGUGGACAAAGCAACUGUUCACCUCGAUAAAUCACUCAAGGUUUUGGGACUUCACACUGAAGCUAGAACAUCAUUCAUAAGCUACUCGCUACUAUCUAUCCUUAAGCACGAAUACAUGCGGCCAUUGCCCUCCGACUUGUUCCUCAAGCGGCAUACGAACGCGCCGCUUCUUUAUGCAUUUCUCCGCAGCCUGAUGUCAUGACUCGCGUAUGCAUGUUGUUCAAAGGUAUCUUAAAUGUAGUUGGAGUCGAUCCUGUAAGAGCUGGUGAUGUGACUUUGUUCAGGCUGUUAGAAUGGGGCGGGAUAGAGGUUCUCAUUCGAUAUUCUAUCAGUUCACUCGAUUUGUGUUAAGGUAUUAUCGCGUGUUGUCUUGAUUAGUUUUGCAUCUGACAGUUGUGAGGAGAACGUGAGCUCGACGGUGUCCGCGAAAUAGAUGC